AUGUUGAAGGAGGAGAGUACUGGUGCUGGUGGCGGCGGUAACAAUUGGGCACGCGUAUGUGACACGUGUCAUGCAGCAGCUUGCACUGUCUACUGCCGGGCUGAUUCGGCAUACCUAUGUGCCGGGUGCGAUGCCCGUGUGCAUGCUGCAAAUCGGGUCGCAUCGCGCCAUGAGCGGGUGUGGGUGUGCGAGGCGUGUGAGCGUGCCCCGGCUGCCUUGUUAUGCAAGGCAGAUGCGGCGUCUCUCUGUACUACCUGUGAUGCAGAAAUCCAUUCUGCAAACCCACUAGCCCGCCGCCACCAGCGAGUUCCAAUUCUGCCCAUUUCCGGCUGCCUUUAUGGUCCCCAAGAAGGGCCUGCAGACGGUGACACUGAAGAUCGAUUCAUGACACAAGAGGGAGAAGAGACAAUUAGUGAGGAGGAGGAAGACGAGGCUGCUUCAUGGUUGCUGCUAAAUCCUGUGAAGAACAACAACAACAACCAGAAUAAUAAUGGCUUCUUGUUUGGUGGGGAGGUGGAUGAGUAUUUGGAUCUUGUGGACUACAACUCAUGUGCUGAGAAUCAAUAUCCUGAUCAAUAUAAUCAGCAACGCUACAGUGGUCCUCCGAAGAGUUAUGGGGGUGACAGUGUUGUGCCAAUUCAGUAUGGAGAAGGAAAGGAUCAUCAACAGCAACAGCAACAGCAAUAUCACCAUUUUCAGUUGGGAUUGGAGUAUGAGCCCUCAAAAUCUGCUUACAGCUACAAUGGUUCAAUCAGUCAAAGUGUAUCCAUGUCAUCCAUGGAUGUUGGGGUGGUGCCAGAAUCAUCAAUGAGCGAGAUGUCAAUCUCGCACCAAAGACCUCCAAAAGAGACAAUCGAUCUUUUCUCCAGCACUCCUAUCCAGGUGCCAUCUCAACUUAGUCCAAUGGACAGGGAGGCAAGAGUCCUAAGAUACAGAGAGAAAAAGAAGACAAGGAAGUUUGAGAAGACAAUCAGGUAUGCCUCAAGGAAGGCCUAUGCAGAGACCAGACCCCGGAUAAAAGGCCGGUUUGCGAAGAGAACAGAUGCAGAAGUCGAAGUGGACCAGAUGUUCUCCUCAUCACUAGUGGCAGAAACAGGAUAUGGCAUUGUCCCAUCGUUCUGA